UAGCCACUCAUGCUGCGUCAAGAGCCUCUCAUCGCGUUGUCUCGUUUCUUAUAUAUAUCUCUUACGUACAUUAUUCGAGAAGAGGACCAACACUUUACACGUUCUUAUAUAAUAAAGGAUGGUAUGGCAGCGCAAACGAACGGUCGGAUACCGGAUACUUUUCGUUACUGCUAUAAUAGUUAUGUACUCUUUUUAUAUCGGUAUAAUGGGACUAUUAUCUGACAGUACGACAAAUGUCGGCCACGCAGCAGAUUGGCGAGGCCGUAGAUUGUUGCAGUCAAGCGAGCUCGAACAACUUGGAAAUGACAGUUACAAUUGCACGCCGCCAGCGAUUAAAGAAUUCCCGUCUGACGGUCUUACACGGCAGCAAAGACAGGCAGGAUUCAUAAUAAUCCACUUCAUCAUCAUUAUUUAUCUGUUUUUAUUACUUGCCAUUGUCUGCGACGACUAUUUUGUCCCCUCUAUUAAGAAAAUUUGCGAGAAGCUCGAUGUCACCGAGGAUGUGGCUGGUGCUACUGUAAUGGCGGCUGCAAGUUCGAGCCCGGAAUUGUUUAUCAACGCCAUUGGCACCUUUGUAACGGAGGGUGAUCUGGGAGUUGGCACUAUCGUCGGUUCCGCAGUAUUCAACAUAUUAGCCGUGCCUGCAUGCUGCGCGUUGUUCGCAAAAGAGGUGCUGAAAUUGGACUGGUGGCCCGUAUCACGUGAUACGCUGGCUUACGCUUUCACAGUUCUUCUCCUAAUCCUGACCCUGUGGGAUGGACGUGUCGAAUGGUAUGAAGCGCUCAUCCUCAUCAUUUGUUAUAUUUUAUACAUAUCAGCAAUGUGUUUCAAUCAUCGAAUCAACAAUUUCAUAAAACGAAUAACGUCUAAGAGAAAAAAAUACAGAAAUAUCUGUGAGGAGAGUCCCCUUUUGCCAAAUCACUUCAUCAAAGAAACGGAGAUAUGUGGAUUUAGUUCGAGUGAUCAGGACGAAUCACUCGAUAUCGUAAAUAUGACAACCUGGCCGAGUUCUACAUGCGAGAAGAUAUGGUGGAUUAUCACUUGGCCCAUUAAUCUAGCAUUACUUCUUACUAUUCCCGACUGUAGAAGAAGCAAGCUAAGGUCUUGGUAUCCUAUCACGUUCAUCAUGUGCGUAAUAUGGAUUGCAACUUCAUCCUAUGUCAUUGGAUGGAUCAUUACUACUAUCGGCGACACUUUCAGGAUUCCUGAUUCCAUUAUGGGUUUAACAUUUCUUGCAGCGGGAAUGAGUGUACCUGAAGCAGUGUCGAGCGUUAUCGUUGCCAAUCAAGGUUACGGAGCUAUGGGAAUAAGUAAUUCGAUCGGAUCAAAUGUAUUCGAUGUGUUACUAUGUCUCGGACUGCCAUGGUUCAUCAAAGCUACACUGUUACCAAAAGUAUCUGGACAGUAUUAUAUUCAGAUUAAUUCUCAAGGUUUAGUCUAUAGCUCAGUAUCUCUUUUUUCUACAUUAGUUAUCUUAUAUGGAUCUUUAUUUAUUAACAAAUUCACAUUGAGUCGCACAGUUGGAAUUCUUUGUCUCAUUAUGUAUGUUAUAUUUUUGAUAUUUGCUUCCAUCGUAGAACUUAACACUUUUUUCAUCGUUAAUUUACCAAUAUGUAUUGACUAACAUUUCAUAAAAAGAUACGAUCGUCUAUAUAACAUUUUGUACAAUUGCAAAUGUAAGCAACAAAUUAAAAAAUAGAAAGUACAAAAGAUAGAAAAAAAUGUUUUAAUAAAAGUUGUAUAGUUUAAAAA